UAUAUAUAUAUAUAAGAAACGAUUCGUCAACUUCAGUUUGUUUGAUCUGCUUCUGCUGGGAAAUUUGGCAAAUGUCUGCUACUAUAAUCAGUGAUCCAAUGGUGGUAUCAACCCCAGAAACACAAGCAACCCUAAUUGCAGCAGCAAACCAAACAGAAGUUGAGUUUGCCAAAUGCGAAUGCUGUGGCCUAACAGAGGAGUGCACUCCAGCUUACAUAGGAAGAGUGAGAGAAAGAUAUCAUGGAAAAUGGAUUUGUGGGUUAUGUGCAGAAGCUGUAAAAGAUGAGAUUAUAAGAGCUACAGAAAGGCUCAUCAGCACAGAAGAAGCCAUGGCUAGACAUAUGAACUUCUGCAAGAAAUUUGUAUCCUCUGGUCCUCCUCCUGACCCAACUGUCCAUUUGAUAUCUGCAAUGAGACAGAUUCUGAGAAAAAGCUUAGAUUCGCCAAGAGCGUUAAGAUCCACUCCAACUAGUCCUACCAAUAAUGGACCAAUGCGAGCUCGUGGGCUAACUAGGUCUGAAAGUUGCUUCCCUACUCUGUCUCGUUGAUAUACAGAUAAUAAAACUGGCGAAUCUUAAUAAGAAUGGAAAGAAGGGAAUACUGGAGAAAAUUACAGCUCAUUUGGUGCAAAUUAAGGGGAAAAAAAAAUUGGAUUUAGGUGCUCAACGUAGUCUUAUUUUAGUUAUUAAUACAGAACCUUUUAUCAGAAUAUGAAGUCCAUUUUUCCUGGAACUUUUAUGUUUCAGUUGUAUUUAUAUAAUUGUGUUCUUUUAAACUCUUGUUUUUUUUUUUUCUUUUGGUUUAUUGUAAGUAAUGUUUUCUUAAGAAAAAUAUUAGAUUUCUCAAUCUUUAA